AUGCACAGCAGCAAGACGGAAGAUGCCGGAGAAACGGCUUUUUCUCCCUCCUCCCCACCUCAUGGAGGUGCCAUGGAAGCUGUCGUAGAUCUGCCCGAGGCGGCCUUCAAGCAACGCCACGCAAAGAAUAGCCGAGAGAACUGCUUUGGACGCAAGAUGCUAUCAGGGCUGUGUCAAAAAUGCGGGGUGAACUAUGAGGGGUGCGAACUGCGCUGUCAGCAGUUCCUAAGCAGAGUCAAUCCAUCGUGGACCUGGAGAGAAGCUCGCUGCAUCCCGCUGGGGAAGGACACCUUGAGAAAGAUGAAGCAAACCUUCUGGCUCUCUCGGAUAAACAAAGGCCUUAUCGGGUCCGAAGGAAUAUCUCCAGCUGCAGAUUUUGUGGCCUCAAUGAAGGCUGGCUUUACGAAUCUUCGGGGCUGGGAGCGCGUUAAGGCACUCCCCUCAUUCUUUCUGUUUUUGCCCCCCACCGAUUUUUGGCUGUCAGCCAUCUCCAUUUUCGGGAUGGCGGUUGCGACGGGCAUCUUCAUGUGUGGAGCAGCCAACGCGGGCUGGAUGCUAAUGUUGUGGCUUUUCCACCUUAGCCUUGUGAGCGUCGGUCAGGAGUGGUACUUCUUAGGGUGGGAGUCGCAGCUCUUGGAAACUGGAUUCCUAAACGCCUCCUUUGCAAGCCUCCUCACCAUCGUCCCCGCAAUCAUGUGCCUAGACGACCGCUUUCUCUCUGGCCUCUUCUCUGUAAAGACUUUGGAGAGAAUGAAAGAAGUCACAAAGGGGCCUGCAGGAACGUGGUCUUGCCCAUUAAAGCAGGGGUGGCCCCUUGAUGCUCGUCUGAAAUCGCGCGAGACUCUUGACGACUCAGAGGAUCAAGCUCUAUUGGGGCCUGACGCACGGGAAAAGGAGCAGGUUAGCUUGGAGAGCGAAAAGAAAGAACGGUCUUGCUGUUGUUGGUACUGGCCCGACUUUGUCGCACUCGUCAAGCGGAGCAAAUUGCCCAAGGGGACCGUCGAUGCCAUGCGUCGGCAUAUUUCCAAGCGAUGGUGGAAGGUGGUUACUGAAAUAGUUAUUGCGGGAGCCAUCAUCACUUGCGCCUGGCGUCUAUCGGAGUUCGAGACAUACGCGGUCUGGGAGGUCAUUAGCCAGUUCUUUUUAGUGCUCCUCCAAGCGUCCUUUUCUGCAUUUGUUGCCCAAACCAAGGCAUCCUACAUCUUUACGGAGCUUGUUCUGUCGUUUGCCGUCUUUAUGAGCUUCAACAAUCUCUUCGCAUACGGCCCAGAGGUUUCGAACGUCAACUACGAUCCUUUCCAUAUUGUUAACACGUACGGGGCCUUAGGCACUGUCCACAGGAAACGAUACGAACUCAUUGUGCAAGGCACGGAUGACAGCACUGUGGAUAGUAGAACAGUGUGGAAAGAUUAUGAAUUUCAUUGCAAACCGACAAAACUGAAGCGGCGCCCUUGUUUCGAUGCCCCCUACCACCACCGUCUCGACUGGCUCAUGAGUCUACUCCCCACGGAAGACAAACAAGCUUCUAUGGCUCGCCAUCAGUGGUUUCAACAAUUUCUUAAGAAACUCCUGCAGGCUUUGCGUGCAGGACCUUGGUGGGAGAUAGACAAAAGCUCAACAGUAGUCUUUGUAGAGCCAAAUGAAGUGCCUGGAUGGCAGGCGCAUUUGGAAAGGGUACUUGAAACUCGGGCAAAGCGUCAGCGGGAAGAAGAGGAAAAAGCAAAGGCAGCUGAAGAAGCGCUUCGCCGGAAAGAAGAAGAGAAAGAGCUUAAAAAGCGCCUUGAAGCCGCAAAGAAAGCAGCAGAGGAGCUCAAGAAGAAGCAAGAGCAGGCUGAGGAAAAGCGACGAGAAGCAGAAGCUCGCCACAAAGCACAGGAGGAAGAGAGAGCCAAGGCCGCUAAACAAGAGGAGGAAAAACAACGAAAGGAAGCAGAGAGAAAAGCUGAGGAGGAAAAGCGGCGCAGAGCAGCAGAAGAAGAGGCAGCAAAGAAGGCGGAAGAAGAAGCAAAGGCCCGUGCUGAGGCCGAGAGGCUAAAAAGGGAGAAAGAGCAGAAGGAGGCAGAGGAGAGGGAGAAGGCAGAGCGAGCAAUAGCACAACAAGAGGAGAAGCGGAAGAGAGAAGAAAGAGAGCAGCAAAGACGGGCGGCAGAGGAAGAAAAGGCCCGAAAAGAAAAACUGCAGCGCGAAGCGGAGAAGAAGAGACAUGAGGAGGAGGCCAAGGAGGCAGCUAAACGACAAGAGGAGGCAAAGCUCAGGGAACAACAGGCAAAGAAAGAGGCGGAGGAGCUCGCAAAGAGGGAAGCAGAGUUGGAAGCACAGCGUCAGAAGCGUCGCCAGCUUGUCGAGUCUCUGUUGAAGCAUCCUGUAGGGGGAGUGCCGCUCAGAGAGGCCCCUCACCUCUCCAAAAGAGGCCGCCGCCACAGAGCGCAACAGUAG